CGUGUUCCUGCAGAGACAAACAAACAUGGCGGCGUCGCUGGUGCGGUUUGUCCGCGGAGGCUUCGGGAGAAGUUUGAACCUUGCGAGGAGUUCGUGUCUCCAGCAGCAGAUCCGACCUCAGAGCUCCACCACUGAAACCAGUCCCACCACCAGGCCGGCGGACGCCAUCACUCACAACCAGCUGGCAGCGUUUGGAGAGUAUGUGGCUGAGAUGAUGCCCAAGUACAUCCAGCAGGUCCAGGUGACCUGUUUCAACGAGCUGGAGGUGAUGAUCCACCCUGAUGGAGUGAUCCCAGUGCUCACCUUCCUCAGGGACCACACCAACGCCCAGUACAGGAACAUGAUCGACCUGACUGCUGUCGACGUCCCCACACGGCAGAACCGCUUUGAGAUCGUGUACAACCUGCUGUCGCUGCGCUACAACUCUCGUAUCCGUGUGAAGACGUACACGGACGAGUUGUCGGCGCUGGACUCGGCGGUGCCCGUCCACAAAGCCGCCAACUGGUACGAGAGGGAGGUGUGGGACAUGUUCGGUGUGUUCUUUUCCAACCACCCAGACCUGAGGCGUAUCCUCACAGACUACGGCUUCGAGGGACAUCCCUUCAGAAAGGACUUCCCUCUGUCGGGAUACGUUGAGGUGCGCUACGAUGACGAGGUGAAGCGGGUGGUGGCCGAGCCCGUGGAGCUGGCGCAGGAGUUCAGGAAGUUUGACCUGAACACGCCGUGGGAGGUGUUCCCCGCCCACCGAGAGCCCAAAGCCUCCGCCCCCAAGCUGGAGGCCGGUGUGCCCCCCCCCGAGAAGAAGUGACGUCCUUCUGUGUAGCCUGAGGAAACGCACAAAUUCUCUCACACACACACACACCAUGCUCUGUUUGUGUCAUUGUGGGACUCGAUACCCUGAACAACCUGAAAUAUUUAUGUAAAUAAUAAUAAAACGAUCUUUAAAUGAA